UUAGUUUUUCUCACCAAAACUAUGGAUCCAAAGGUCUUCUUCAGUCUCCUCCUUCUAAUACCCUUCUUCUGUCUUUACUUCAAACGCAUAUUCUCUAAAAAUCCACCACUCCCGCCAGGUCCAUUUGCAUGGCCUAUUGUAGGGAACUUUUUCCAAAUGGGGAGGCAGCUCCAUUACAUACUAGCCAACUUAGCUAGAAUCCAUGGCCCUCUCAUGUCUCUACGUUUUGGAAAACAAAUUACUAUCAUUGCAUCAUCACCAGAUGCAGCAAGAGAAGUUCUUAAGACCCAUGACCGAGAUUUGUCAGGCCGGUACAUCGCAAACGCUGUUCCACUCAUAAACCCAAAACUCAACUUUGCAUUUGGAGCUUCCCCUGAGUGCAACGAUUAUUGGAGGGGCCUAAGGGUUAUUUGUAAAUCUGACCUUUUUUCAGCCAAAGUAUUGGAAUCUCAAAACCACAUAAGAGAGAACAAGGUGAGUGAGUUGGUAGGUUUCUUGGGUUCUAAGGAGGGUGAGGUGGUGAAUCUAGGAGAGACAGUCUAUGUUACUUUUACUAAUAUUUUGAGUAAUGCAAUAUUUUCAGUAGAUUUUUUUGACUUUCUGGGUAAGGGUAUUGGUAAAGAUUUGAGGAAGCUUAUUGUUGAAAUAGUAGAGUUAGGAAUGAUUCCAGAUUUAUCAGAUUUUUAUCCAAUAUUAACUGGAUUGGAUUUUCAAGGUAUACAGAAGAAAUGUGAUAAAAUAGUUAAAAAUUUUAUUACUAUUUGGGAUGAUAUUAUUAAAGAAAGACGGAAACAAGAGAGUUCUAUUUUAGGUCAAAGAGAUUUCUUGGAUGCUUUGAUUAAAGAAGGGUUUACAAAUGAUCAAAUCAGCCAAUUGAUUCUGGAUCUACUUAUUGCUGGCACUGAUUCCAGUAGUAUGGUAACUGAAUGGGCAAUGGCAGAAUUGAUGAGAAACCAAGAUGUCUUGCACAAACUACGUGACGAACUUAAACGUGAAAUUGGAAAAGAAAUGGUGAAAGAAUCCCAUUUAGCCCAUCUUCCUUACCUAGAAGCUUGUGUCAAAGAGACACUGAGAUUAUACCCUCCAGGACCAUUACUCCUUCCUCGUCGUGCCUUACAAACAUGUCAAGUAAUGGGCUAUACAAUUCCUAAAGACUCCAAAAUUCUGGUUAACAUGUGGGCAAUAGGCCGAGAUCCUUCAAUUUUUAAUGAUCCAUUGAGGUUCAAACCUGAGAGGUUUCUUGACUCAUCUUUGGAUUUUAAGGGAACCAAUUUUGCCUAUACGCCUUUUGGAGCUGGAAGGAGAGUUUGUCCUGGACAACCUUUGGCUACUAAGCAGGUUCCACUUAUUUUGGCAUCAUUAGUCCACUCAUUUGACUGGUUUCUUUCAGGUGGUAUGAAAUCAACUGAACUAGACAUGAAUGAUCAUUUCGCCAUAACACUGAAAAAGAAGCAACCCCUACAACUUAUUCCUAAAGGAAGAAAAUAGUUGUGUACCAUUUCUUGUGUAUUAUAAGUUUUUAAGAUUAUGUUUUGUGUGCCAUUUCUUGUGUGCUAUUGUAUUAUAGCUGUUACCAUUAAACUAAAAUGUUGUGUAUUACUUCUUGUGUAAUACUAGUUGUUACGUAUCGGUCUUGUAAUAAUUAUUUUCCAUGUUGAGUAAGAAUUUAAAUGCCCAA